AUGUUUCGCUCUGCAGCUUUCGUCGAAGUAUCUAUCCUUCCAAGUGGGUUCUUGACUCUUCCUGAGCACCGUUUCUGCGCCAACCAACACGAUGAAAGUGUACGCAACACUGUUCCUUCUAUGUCUUUUCUGCUUCAGCACCCUACUACCGGACAUAAAAUUGUAUUUGACCUAGGCCUACGACGCGACCUGAAUCUAUAUCCGGAAAAUAUACGACCACAUCUUGAGUCGCGCCAACCAAUAUACACCGUGCCAGAUGUAGGCGACUCUCUUCGGGCAGGCUCUCUACAGCCUUCUGAAAUCGAUGCUGUCGUACUGAGUCAUGUACACUACGAUCAUGUCGGUACCCCUACCGACUUUGCGAAAGCAAAGUUCAUAGUGGGUUACGGAACGAGGCAUCUUCUGAAAUUCGGAAUGAAUUAUCAUUCAGCUGCCAAAUUUGAACCAGAUCUCCUUCCCAUGGAUCGAAUUAUAGAAUUGCCUAUUCAAAAUAAGAUACCCAAACACAAACAGCCAGUUGAGAAUACCUUCCCACCAACGAGAGGUCUCACGUCACUCGUCCCAAUCCUUGAACAUCAGUGGAGAGAACUCCAUCCUUUCGACAAUGUGAUUGAUCUCUAUGGGGAUGGUCUCGUCUAUCUUGUGGAUAGUCCAGGACAUAUUCCAGGACAUAUCAAUCUUUUGGCCAAGGUGGGAAAGUGCAAGUGGGUAUACCUGGCAGGUGAUGCGUGCCAUCACAAAGACAUCCUCGAUGGCAUGAGCGAAAUGGCUACAUGGUGGGAAAACGGUCUUGAUGUAUGCAUACAUGUUGACAGGGAAUUAGCAGAGGACACAGUGCAGAGAAUCCGCAUGCUGCGAGACCAAGGCGUUGAACACAAUUCUGAUAUAGUUGAUGUUGUACUGGCCCAUGACCUAUUAUAUUUUCGACAGCAUCAAUACGCGAUCUGGCCGGGAUCUCUCAACUCCCUGGGAGGACAUAGUAAAAUUUGA